CUCAGCUCCGGAGAAACCUCGGCGAGAGAGUGAAGCAAAGAUGCCUUCCAAACAGAAACAUUCGAGAUUAUUAGAAGAAAGUGAGGAGGUGGAUGAAGAAGUGGAGGAAGCGCCUAAGUUGAAGAAGAGAAGCAGCAAAGGCGAGAAGACUCGGAAGGAAAAAAGUUCAGAGCGUUCCGGGUCCUCGGAAAAAGACAAAAAGAAGAAAAAGACCGAGAAGGACGAAGGUGAGCAGAACAACAACGAGACAACCGCCAAAGAAGACAACAGUGUGGAGGAGAAGAAGAAGAAAAAGAAGAAAUCCUCCACGGAGAACCCAGACGAAGCAGACGCUGAGAAGAAAACAAAGAGCAAGAAGAAGAAAACGUCUCACAAUGAGGGAGACGAACCCGCCGAGGAAGACUCCAAGAAGAAGAAGAAGAAAAAACCCAAGAAGGGAUCGGGCGAAAGUGACGAGGACAAAAAGAAAAAAGGCAAGAAGUCCAAAAACAAGCACGUGGACUAUGCCGCCAUCUACCAAAGCGAGCUCCUCAACUACCACACCGACUCCUCCGACGGCUACGAGGACGUCUAUUACAAGAAGAAAGUCUACGAGGUGGUGGCCAUCACCGGUGACGUGAAAGGAGCCGGGACGGACGCUAACGUGUUUGUGACGCUUUUCGGGGAGUUUGGUGUUACUCCCAAAGUCCACCUGGCCAGCAACACAGAAAAGAGAAGCCGGACUGCUUUUGAAAAGAAUAAGACGGAUGUUUUCCGCAUCAAAACGCACAACGUGGGUGCCCUCAAGAAGCUCAGGAUCGAGCACGACAACACUGGCAUGAAUGCCAGCUGGUUUUUGGACAGGGUGGUGGUGACCGACAUGAGCCGGCCUCACCUGCGCUUCUACUUUGCCUGCAAUAACUGGCUGAGCCGCGAGGAAGGCGACAAUCUUUUUGUCAGGGACCUGCUGGGCAGCCUCAACCAGAUGGACGUCCCCAAACUAAAUAAAUACAUAGUAAGCGUGUUCACCGCCGACAUGAAGGGAAGUGGAACUGACGCCGACGUCUUCCUCAACAUCUUUGGAGAGCACGGCGACACGGGGGAGCGGCGGCUGGACAGCGACAAGGACAAUUUUGAACGCGGCUCGGAGGACAAGUUCACCGUCGAAGCUCCCAACCUGGGCAGGCUGAGGAAGAUCACCAUCGGCCACAACAACAGAGGUUCAUCCGCUGGAUGGUUCCUCGAUAAGGUUGCAAUCGAUGACAUCGGGAAUAAAGGAGUGUACGAGUUCCCCGUCAAUCGCUGGUUUGCUAUGGAUGAAGACGAUGGCAAAAUCCAGAGAGACGUUCUGGUCGGCUCACUGCAGCCAAUGGGAAUCGUGUACAACGUUCAAGUGAUGACGGGGGACGUGCGAGGCGCGGGGACCAACUCUAAAAUCCACAUGGUUAUGCACGGCUGCAAGGGCUUAAAGAACAGCGGCAAAAUCUUCCUGGAGGGCGGCGCCUUUGAGAGAGGCCUCAUCGACAUUUUCAACGUGGAGAUCUGCGAGCUGAUCAGCCCUCUCAGCAGGGUCACCAUCGGGCACGACAACGGGGCCGUGGGCGCCGGCUGGUACUGCGAGAAGGUGGUCAUCUACUGUCCAUUCACGGGGGUGGAGCAGACAUUUCCAUGCGGGAUGUGGCUGGACGAGGACGAGGGCGACGGUCUCAUCGAGAGGGAGCUCUACGAAAUGGUUUCUCUUCGUCAGAGGAAACAGAAGAAGUACCCCUGGUCCUUGUGGAUCUGGACUUCGGACUUAAAGGGCGCGGGUACCGACGCCCAGGUAUUUCUGCAGAUCUACGGAGAGAACGGCAAAUCGGAUGAACUCAAACUGGAAAGCAACUCGGAUAGUUUUGAACAAGGCCGUCUUGAUAAAUUCAUGAUUGAAUUGCCAAACAUUGGACGACUCCUAAAACUGCGCAUCUGGCACGAGAAGAGGCAUCCGUUUUCUGGCUGGCAUUUAGGGAGGAUUAGUUUACUGAAGACCCUGACGAUGGAGAAAUACAAGUUUGAAUGCGGACGUUGGCUGGACAUCAACGAAGACGACAACGAGAUCGUACGAGAGCUGCCGGCGACGGGAACUCUUUGCGGGGAGCCGCUACCUUUGAUGAAGUAUCGCAUCACCAUCUGCACGGGCAACGUCAGCGGCAGCGGCACCGAUGCCAGCGUCUUCCUCAAUGUCGUCGGCGACCUGGGCGACACCGGGGAGAGACUCAUGUACAUGAGCAAAAAUAACGUCAACAAAUUCGAAAAGGGCAACCAUGACGAGUUUCUCAUCGAAGCCGUGUCCCUGGGCCGCGUCCACCGGGUGCGAGUCGGACACGACGGGCGCGGAGGAGGCUGCGGUUGGUUCCUCGAUAAGGUCUUGGUGAGGGAGGAAGGCCAGCCGGAGUCGUCGGCCAUCGAGUUCCCGUGUUACAGGUGGUUAGACCGCAAUGAGGAUGACGGGCAGAUCGUUCGCGAGUUGGUUCCAGCCGGAGAAGGCCUGCGGUUGUUCAAUGUGAGCUACCACAUUGCCAUCAAGACUGGUAGCGUGAACGGUGCCAGCUCCGACUCUCGGGUGUUUGUCAAGCUGUAUGGCGAGAGGGGCGACACCGCCAAGAUAACCUUGGCAGUCUCGGACAACGACCUGCGGAACUAUUUUGAAACCGGUCGCACCGACAUCUUCACCAUAGAAACUUUUGACAUCGGAAAGAUCAACAGACUCCUCAUCGGCCACACCAAUGAAGGCCUGCGAGCCGGCUGGUUUCUGGACAGUGUUCAGAUCUCGGUGCCGGUCCAGGGCAAGCAGUACAUGUUCCCAAGCCACCGCUGGCUCUGCAAAGACGAGGCUGAUGGAAAAGUGGAGGUGGAGAUCUAUCCCAGCGAGAUCCUGGAGAUGGAGAAAUUGAUCAACUACGAAGUGAGCGUGGUCACAGGGGAUGUGCGCACAGCCGGGACCAACGCGAACGUCUUCUGUCAGAUUUACGGCAACGAUGGAAAAACAGAAGUUCUUCCCCUGAAGAGCCGCUCCAACAACUUUGAACGCGGUACCACAGAGAUCUUCAAGAUAGAAGCUCAGGAUGUGGGUAAGAUCUACAAGCUGAGGAUCUACCACGACGGCAAGGGCAUUGGCGACGGCUGGUUCCUGGAGUCGGUGGACAUCAAGCGCCUGACGACGGCCAUGGUGCAGGUGGAGGUGAAGCGGGAGGGCACCAAGAAGGAUAAGAAGAAAGACAAGAAGAAGAAGAAGAAAGACGAAGAGGAGGAGGUGGAGAUGGUGGAGGAGCUGCAGGAAGUGGUGGAGAUGUUCAGCUUCCCUUGCAACCGCUGGCUGGCCAGGGAUGAGGAGGACGGCGAGAUUGUGGUCGAGCUCCUGACCGAUGACAAUGAAGAUCUUGAGGUGAACUCUUACGACGUGCACGUGUUCACGGGGCAUCCGUGGGGGGCGGGGACCGAUGCCAAGGUUUACAUCAACGUCUAUGGCGAAAUUGGCGACACAGGCGAGCGGCGCCUUAGGAAGUCUAACAACCUCAAUAAAUUUGAGCGGGACCAAGAGGACGUGUUCAGCAUCACGGCCGUGGACCUGGGCACGCUGAAGAAGCUGAGGAUCCGACAUGACAACAGCCAGGCCGGGGCGGGCUGGUUCCUGGACAGGGUGGAGAUUGUGGACAACAAGGAUGAAACCACGUACUUCUUCCCGUGCAAGCGAUGGCUGGCGGUGGACGAAGACGACGGGCAGCUGGCCAGGGAGCUGGUCCCCGUGGACGAGGCCUUCAUGAAGAAAGGCGACGAUGAGGACGAUGAUGGCGACUCUGAGGCUACGCUGGGCUUGGAGCAGAAAGCCAUGUCCACCACGUACACGGUGAGGAUAAAAACCGGGGAAAAGAAGUACGCCGGGACGGACGCCAAUGUUUUUAUGACCCUAUAUGGAAUCAAGGAUGACACAGGGAUCAUAAAUUUGAAGGCCUCUAAGACGCACAAGAACAAGUUUGAGCGGGGCAUCAUCGACGAGUUCACCGUGGAAGCUGUGGACAUCGGGCCGCUCAAGAAGUUACGAAUUGGACAUGACAACCACGGGGGUGGUUCAGCAGGCUGGUUCCUGGACUGGGUGGAGAUUGAUGCUCCUUCGCUGGGGCAGAAACUUCAAUUCCAGUGCGGCCGCUGGUUGGACAAAGGCGAGGACGACGGCGCCAUCUCCAGAGAUCUUUUUCCGAAUCCUCUCCAAACAGAACUUUACACACCAUUUGUCCCUUACGAGAUCAAAAUUUUCACGGGUGAUGUUUUUGGAGCGGGCACGGACGCAGACGUGGUUGUUGUCCUGUAUGGAAGAGACGCCAUGUGCACGCAGCAGAAGCGGCUGUGCGUCAACAAGAGGGAGAGGAUCAUGUACUUUGAGAGGGGAGCCGAGGACAUGUUCAUUGUUGAGCUGGAGGACGUUGGGGAGGUCAUUGAGAAGAUCCGCAUCGGUCACGACAACCGCGGCGUCAACCCAGGCUGGUACCUGGAUCGAGUGGAGAUCCGACGUCUGCUAAAGAAGGGGAAGGGCUCGGAGACGGUCAUCUUCCCGUGUGAGCGCUGGCUCGCCAAGUCGGAGGACGAUGGGGAGACUGUGAGGGAACUGGUGCCCUCUGACAUCAUCACCGAGAAGCUGGCACGGGACGGGAGUUUGAAGAUCACGGAGGUGGAGGUGGAGGACGCCCUGGAGACACAUACAUACAAAGUGUCCGUGAUGACCGGCGACAUGUACGGGGCGGGCACCGACGCCAACGUGUUCCUCACCAUCUACGGCGACCUGGGUGAUACUGGCGAGAGGAAGCUCAGCAAGUCGGAGAACAACAGCAACAAAUUUGAGAGAGGAUCCGUGGAUAAGUUCACCAUCGAGGCUGUGGAUCUGGGGCAGGUGUUCAAGAUCAAGAUCCGCCAUGAUAACAGCAUGAUGAGCCCAGACUGGUACCUGGACCAGGUGGAGGUUCUCGACGUGGACACAGAGGAGGUCUUCCUUUUCUUGUGCGAACGGUGGCUGUCCCGGAAGAGGGAGGACCGCCGCAUCCAGAGAGUUUUCUACAUUAAGGGCUACGAGGGGGUCCGAGAGAACCUGAGUAUCAAGAAGUCAACCUUGAAGAGCAUCGACAACAACAUGAACAAAAAGAGCAAAAAGAAGGAAGAGGAGGUCGAGGAACUCCCUGUCAUACCGUACCACAUCACACUGUGCACCGGGCUGGAGCGAGACGCCGGAACCACCAGCAGGGCCUACGUGAUUAUUAUCGGAGCCAAUCACAGCCGCACGGAUAGAUUGUGGUUGGAUCCGCCGGAUGGGAUGAAGGGCCUCCAGGCCGGAUCUAUGGAGAGCUUCGAGUGCUACGGCUCAGACGUGUGGGAGAUCAUAAAGGUCGAGCUCGGCCAUGACGGUGCCACUCCCGAGAGCUGCUGGUUGGUAGAUGAGCUCUCCGUUGCCGUGCCAACCAAAGGGGUCAAAUAUAUCUUUGCUUGCGCAUGCUGGCUGGCCAAAGAUCGCGGUGACGGCCUGACCGCCAGAGUUUUCAACAUUCUGGAUGCAGAAGCCGUUUCCAUUUCCCAGAAAGUCAUUUAUGAAGUGACUGUGGUCACGGGGGAUGUCCAAAACGCAGGAACAGACACCAAGAUCUUCAUGACUGUGUUUGGUGCCAACGGCAGUACUGAGGAAAUGUUGCUGCGGAAGAACGAGGACAGGUUUGAGCGUGGUCAGGAGGACACCUUUAACAUGGAGAUAGAUGACAUCGCUCCUCUCAGGAAGAUGAGGCUACGUAUUGACGGCUCAGGCAGCAGACCGGAUUGGUUCCUUGAUACGGUGACCAUGAACAACCUGACCACGGGGGAGGUGUCUGUGUUCACCUAUGAGGAGUGGCUGUCCAGGACAUGUGGACCCCAAAGGACCAUGAUUUGCGAGAUGGCUGCAGUGGUGGAUGAGGAGACCAUGGUGGAGCUCACCACUUAUGUGGUUCAGGUCAAGACUGGAGAUGUCACAGGGGCCGGUACCGACGCCAAUGUUUGGAUCAUUAUUUUCGGCGAGAACGGCGACACGGGGACCUUGGCGUUGAAAGAGUGCAACAAGUCCAACAAGUUUGAGCGAAAGCAGAUGGAUACCUUCCGAUUUGUAGACAUCUUGAGCCUGGGUGACCUUUCCAAAGUCCGAGUGUGGCACGACAACACAGGCCUCGCUCCAGGAUGGCAAUUGGACUACAUCGACGUGAAGGACGAACUCAUGGACAAGACCUUCCGCUUUCCCUGCGACCGCUGGCUCGCCAAAAACGACGGCGACGGGCAGAUCAUGAGGGAGCUGCCGUGCGCUAACAACGAAUACUUGGACCUUGACGAGAAAACCAAGUACGAAAUUUGCGUCACCACUGGAGACACGGCAGAGGCGGAAACCAAGGAGAACGUUUGGAUCGUGUUGGAGGGGAGGAAGGGCCGAUCAAAGGAGUUCUUAAUGGAGAACUCGUCGAAGAAGAGGAGGUUUUUACGGGGAAACGUUGACAGAUUUGAGUUUACAUCCAAGAACCUGGGCGACAUUGUCAGCAUCUGCGUUGGCCACAUAUCCAAGGAUGGGAAGAAAGUCAAGGAGGAGCUUCACUGGCACGCGGAGGAGGUGGUGGUCACGGAAAGAGAGCUGGGCAACAAGUACAUCUUCCAUUGUGACGCCCUCGUCCCGUUGUCGGCCAAGAGGGACGACUUCUUGACCUUCGAGUGCACCAAGGCCAUCGAGAGCUUCGCCAGCAAGGCCCGAAGCCUGGUGCCCGUCAAGUACGAGAUCAUCGUCAUCACGGGCGACGAGAAGGGAGCUGGCACCGACGCCAACGUCUCCAUCACCGUCUUCGGCUCCAACGGUGAUUCGGGUCGGCGGCAGCUGCGGCAGAAGUUCCGGAACCUCUUUGAGCGGGAGCAGACGGAUCGCUUCCUGUUGGAGAUGCUGGAUAUGGGAGAGUUGCAGAAGGUGAGAGUGGAGCACGAUAACUCGGGUCUGCAUCCUGGUUGGCUGCUGGAUCGCGUGGAAGUCACCAACACCGCCAAUGGCGUCACCACCAUUUUCCUGUGCGGGAAGUGGCUGGACACUAAAAGGGCUGACGGGCAGAUCGUCAGAGUCCUCUACCCCAAAUACUGAACAGCUAAAUUCACAAGGGGGGGGGCGGAGUAUGGCGUAAUUGUUUCAUUCAGCCAACUGAGUAUUUAUCAAUGGGGGUCGGAUUGUUUUUCUUCUGUAAAGUUUUUCACAGACAUUUGUUUACAUUGGGAAAUGUGACAAGAAUUUACAUUUUUACUUUUUUUGUUUGUUUUGGUCAGAAAAAAAAAAAACUAUGUGCCAAUUUUUUGAAGCCCAAAGUCUCCAAAAGAGUUUCCCUUGCUUUGCUGGAUUGUUGAGUUUUGUAUAUGUCAUUAAAAAAAAUUGAAUUUUAAGGCUUUUAUUCCACAUGUGAGUCAUUAAAAACCAAAUCAAAUGA